GAGCACGCGCAGGCCGGGCCCGGCCGGCCUCUCUCCUCUCAGUCGCUGCGUCGUCGGCUAUGGCGGCGGCGGCGGCCUCGCAACGGGACCCUGCCGGGGACUGGCAGGACUUCUCGGGCUUCCAGCCCCCGGCUGAGGAGAGCGGCUGCCCGGAGGCCCCGGCGGCGUGUCGGGAAGGCGGCUCUUGGGGCGGCGGCGGAGGAGGAGGAGGCAACGACCUGGCGGCCCAGCUGCCGCUCUGCUUCCAGGCGCCGCCGCCGCCGAGCUGCGCCGAAGGGGAAGCGCGGGUCCCGCCGCGGCCUCUCAGCGACCAGAGCGCGCUGCACGAAGACGAAAUUUGGAAUGCUCUGACAGAUAAUUACGGUAAUGUAAUGCCAGUUGACUGGAAGUCUUCACACACUAGAGCACUGCAUUUGCCAACACUGAAUCUUUCUGAAAAGGGAGUUAAUGACAACAUGAACCUUGACUUAUCAGAUGAUGAAGAGCUGAGAGAGCAACUAGACAUGCAUUCUAUUAUAGUUUCCUGCAUCAAUGAAGAACCGCUCUUCACAGCUGAGCAGGUGAUUGAAGAAAUAGAGGAAAUGAUGCAGGAAUCUCCAGAUCCAGAUGAUGAAGAAACACCAACCCAGUCAGACCGCUUGUCCUUACUGUCCCAGGAAAUUCAAACGCUUAAGAGAUCUAGUACAAACCACAAUUAUGAAGAACGUGUGAAAAAUCUAUCUGUGACAGAAUUAAAUGAUCUGUUAGAAGAGAUUGAGACCGCUAUCAAGGACUACUCUGAGGAGCUAGUACAGCAGUUGGCACUACGAGAUGAGCUGGAAUUUGAGAAGGAAGUAAAGAACAGCUUCAUCUCUGUCCUUAUUGAAGUACAAAACAAACAAAGAGAACAGAAGGAAAUGGCAAAGAAGAAAAAGAAACUGAAAAAUGGCAGUCCUCAGAAUGGCAAACAAGAGAGGGGUCAUAUGCCUGGAACAUACCUGACAACAGUUAUUCCUUACGAGAAGAAAAGUGGACCUCCAUCAGUUGAAGAUCUCCAGACAUUAACAAAAAUUCUUCAUGCCAUGAAAGAAGACAGUGAGAAAGUGCCAAGCUUAUUAACAGACUACAUUUUGAAGGUUUUGUGCCCUACAUGAAGAGAGCUGUGUUUGGUGAAAGGCAGCCAGGCUAAUUCCUGUGACAAAGGUUGUUCAAAGCCUUUCAGUUUGGCCCUGUGUUCUCAUGUAUUUACUAUUUUCAUUGCCUGCUUGGACUCUUGAAUCCUGGAGUGAGUCCUCCAGAGUAUGUAGAAUUCAUCCAUAUUUUUUUUCCACUCAAGUGUGAUGUAUUUGAGCAGAGAACAAAUGCUGUACAGUUUUAUCCACAUGCAUUGUUUUGGCUUUUUAAACAGUAUUUUUUACAAACACACACGGCAUGUAAUUAUCCUCCACAACAAUCUGAGUCUGUGGAAGAACAAGAAACUUUAGUGUAAAUAAAAACCUAUUACAUUAAAUGGAACUUUAAUAAUAUCUGCAAUAGGUUAUUGCAUUAAAUGUGUAAAAUGGCUCAAAAGCUGAACCUGCACUGCAAAAUUCGACUGAAGUUCUUAAUUGGAGACUCUAGAAUAGUGAUAUGGGAACUAGCACUGAACUUUUUUUUUUUAAUGUAAGAGUUAAAAAGAAGUAUUGUUGUGUGUAGUGUUACUGUUUACCGAUUCUCAUCCAUUUUUCAGCACUCUGCAGAAGUCAAAAGAGGUAGGGUAUCAUUUUUCCAUUACUGGUUGGCUCGCUUAAUGAGAUUACAAUUCAUCAGGAAGUUACUCUCCGCAAGCCCCAUGGAAAUGAAUGGGAUGUGUGAAAGACCACAGUCAGCCUUGCAUGGGAAAUCUUCCUGAUUGAUUGGUUUCAAAUUAUUGUCUCAUUAAUAUUGUGCUCAGUAUUUUAAUUAUUUAAAUUAAUGUAGUUGAAUAUGGAUAUCUUGCUGCUAUUGUGCUUUUUAGUCCACAUGUUAAAUGUUUGGUCAUAGUAUAACAUUUUAUAUGCUGCAGUAUAUUAAUGAACAUUUUUAAAAAGACGCUGUUGUCCUGUUGUUAUUUGGAUUUAUUUAUGUAUCGCAGCACAAUGUCUGCCCACUGCACUUCUUUUGCUUACGGUGCAUAACAUACUAGCUCCUCUCAAAGGUGGGACUUUGGCAAUAGCAACAGAAUAGAAAUCUCACCAAGUUUUCAAGUGUCUCAGCAGCUACAAAGGAUCCUUAAAACUGCAGACAGGAAAGAGCAAUAGCUUAAGAGAUGAGCGUGCUAAAAAAACUGGCUGUAAAAAAGCAUUCACUUCAGGAUUGUUUAUCCUGUGCAACUUGCUGCAGCCUUCUGUUUCCUGAAAUAUCAAGAAUGUGACCCAAUACACAAGUUAUCUGAUGGUGUAUCUAAUACUAAAACAGGUAGUUACCCUGUUCCUAGGAACACCUAUGCAGGUUCAAUCUUUCAUCCUUUAUCAAACGUAGCCACAUCACAGCAGCUCCAAUGUAUACUCUGGGUAGAGGUAAAGAAAGAAAUAUAGUCUGAGGGUUGGCAGAAGGAAAUUCUUUUUAUCAAGGGUAUCCUAUCUUUAUGGACUUCUGCUAAUCUCAGAUUCAUUUUGCAGCUGAGAAGAUUUCACGUUAUCUCUCUCUCUGAACAGGAAGUUAUGACUUUUCCUCUGGGAUGCUAAUCUCUCCACAGCGAUAUAUAUCUUUGCCACCUCCAGAUCAAAUUCCUCCAUGCACAGGAUAUUUCAUGACAGCUGGAAAUAGCAGCUAGUUGAGAGGGUAGCAGCUUGCGUGCUUAGCAACAGUGUUUGUGAUGGAUUUUAACCUGCAGUUUCCAAGUUCUACUGACUUUCAGUUUAUAUAUAGAUGUGGUACACCUGGGCACAAACCAUCCGGUAAGUUUCCAUAUACCCUCCAGAAGUAAUGAAAAUUAAUUCAGGGUGUGUAUGUCCCAUACUCCUCAGUGUGGCGCCAUUGUGUACAGUGAUUUUGGUACAGAAAAUAAUAAUAAUAAUACUGAAGCCCUGUCCAUUGCAUAUUAAGCAUAUCUAUCUAAAUUUAUUUAUGACAUGUUACAGAGGCCAAUGGCUGCUUGCCAGCAAAGCUGGUUUGAAAGAGACUAACUCUGAUUACUGGAUGUAGAAUGUUGCAUUCUUUUUCAAAAAGUCAAAUCACUAGGCCAAGGACCAGAAAACAAUAUUGACACAGUAUUAACAGAUGG